AAGGCAUAGGGAAGUGAACUAAUUUGUCCUUUUCCCCUUCCCUUCUCUCCCUCUCUCUCUCUCUCUCUGGUUCUCAGGUUCCCUUUUCUCAUCGCUUCGAAUCCCAAUUUGCAAAAACCAUGCUUUGCGUGGGGUACUACUCUGCCCUCCAUUUUGUCUUUUUCAGUCAACGAGACUCACAAACUCGAGAACCCCGAGAAGGGGGUGAAGAGAGUGGGAAGUGAGAAAUUGACAACUGAAACCCGGAAACUCUUUCCUUUUUUUCUUCUCUUUCUCUUGAAAAUGGCGAUAGCUUUGCAUUCUUUAGCUGGGCUUUGAGGGUUUUACUUUGCUCUGAGCUCCAAAAGGAUGGAAGCAGAGGAUUAUAGGAAGAAAGAGAAACUCGGGGUAGUGGUCAUCGUUGUCCUCGCAGCUUUAUCGGUGAUCUCAUUGUUGUUUGCUUUCAGCUACUACUGCUAUGUCCGAAACAAAGUCUCCAAACGCUUAAAGUUGAAGACCCAGAUGAGAGGAAGUGAUGAGGAAAAAAGAGAUGGCGGGGCUGAAGUGACAGUUGCGACUGAGAAUGGGCUUCAACUGUUUACCUUCAAGCAGCUUCAUUCGGCGACUGGUGGUUUCAGUAAGUCGAAUGUCAUUGGCCAUGGAGGGUUUGGGUCUGUCUACAGAGGGGUGCUUUCAGAUGGGAGGAAGGUUGCGGUUAAGUUGAUGGAUCAAGCUGGAAAACAGGGAGAAGAAGAGUUCAAAAUGGAGGUGGAGUUGCUAGGUCGUCUUCGUUCUCCGUAUUUGUUGGGUUUGCUUGGGUAUGGUUCAGAUAAUAGCCAUAAGUUGCUGGUUUAUGAGUUUAUGUCCAAUGGAGGUCUGCAGGAGCACCUAUAUCCCAGCGGUGGUUCCAGCACAGGUAUGACAAAGUUGGACUGGGACACCCGGUUGAGAAUUGGUCUGGAAGCUGCAAAAGGGCUGGAAUACCUCCAUGAACAUGUUAGCCCCCCUGUGAUCCACAGAGAUUUUAAGAGCAGCAACAUCCUCUUGGACAAGAACUUCCAUGCCAAAGUUUCUGAUUUUGGGUUGGCCAAGCUUGGAUCUGAAAAGGCUGGUGGGCACGUUUCAACCCGUGUAUUGGGCACCCAGGGAUAUGUGGCCCCCGAGUAUGCAUUAACUGGGCAUUUGACAACAAAAUCAGAUGUUUACAGUUAUGGGGUUGUGCUCUUGGAAUUGCUUACAGGCAGAGUGCCAGUAGACAUGAAGAGGGCUCCUGGGGAAGGUGUUCUUGUCUCUUGGGCUCUGCCCCGGCUUACAGAUAGAGAGAAGGUUGAGCAGAUUAUGGACCCAGCCCUGGAAGGUCAGUACUCUAUGAAGGAGGUCAUUCAGGUGGCUGCCAUUGCUGCCAUGUGCGUCCAGCCUGAAGCAGAUUAUAGGCCUCUGAUGGCAGAUGUGGUGCAGUCAUUGGUACCUCUCGUGAAGCAUCAUAAGUCAGCUGCAAAAAUUGGCAGCUGCUCUAGUUUCCAUGCGAUUAAAUCUCCGACUACCACCAGUGAAUUUGGUAAAGCCAGUGCUUGAGAAUAACCUAACCUAGCAAUAUUCACAGGCAUCCUGCUGAUACAUAGGGGGCUUUGUAAUCAUUAGAUCUUUGAUCUAAGAUUCAAAGUUGUUCUUUCCCAAGUUUUAGAUAUUGGGUUUGAUCUAUUUAACUAUGCCAUGUAAUUUUGGAGAUUUCAGGCAAACUAGUUCUGCUGCUGAGACUGGUGAGAUGAGACAUUGAGAGUGGGAGAUUGAAUGCUUAGGUAUGGUUUCUGUUUCUA